AUGGUGCCAGCCAUGGCUAUCGCGACAGAGCCCAUGUCCAAGGUUGGUCCAGAAGCAGCUCAUGCUGUGCAGCCGCUGGUCAUAGCGCUCAAGGAUAAAGACGCACUGGUGCGAGUCGGUGCUGCAGAGACCUUGGGCAAGAUUGGUCCAGCAGCAGCUAAUGCCGUACCGCAGCUCAUCAUGGCGCUCAAGGACCAAUUGAGGGUGCGAGCCGCUGCUUCAAAGGCCUUGCGCAAGAUUGGUCCUCCAACGGCUGAUGCAGUGCCGCAGCUGGACAUGGCGCUUAAGGAUGAAGAUUCAAGUGUGCGAGCCGCUGCUGCAUUCGCCUUGGGCAAGAUUCGCCCAGCAGCGGCUGAUGCUGUGCCGCAUCUCAUGGUAGCUCUCAAGGAUGAAGAUGUACUGGUACAAGCCGCUGCUGAAAGGGCCUUGUACAAGAUUGGUCCUCUAACAGCUGAUGCUGUGCCGCAGCUGGACAUAGCGCUCAAGGAUGAAGAUGCAAGGGUGCGAGCCCUUGCUUCAAAGGCCUUGGGCAAGAUUGGUCCACCAGCAGCUGAUGCUAUGCCACAGCUCUUCAUAGCUCUCAAGGAUGAAGAUGCACGCGUGCGAACCGAUGCUUCAGAGGCCUUGGGCAAGAUUGCUGCUGCAUCAGCUGAUGCUGUGCCGCACCUGAUCAUAGCGCUCAAGGAUCAAGAUGCACGUGUUCAAGCCGCUGCUGCAGAGGCCUUGGGCCAGACACGUCCUGUAGCAGCUGAUGCAUUGUCGAAUCUGAUCAUAGCGCUCAAGGAUAAAGCUGUAGCAGUGCGAGCCGCUGCUUCAAAGGCCUUGGGCAAGAUUGGUCCACCAGCAGCUGAUGCCGUGCCGCAUCUCAUCAUCACAGCUCUGAACGAUGAAGGUGCAUGGGUGCGAGCUGCUGCUUCAGAGGCCUUGGGCCAGGUUGGUCCAGCAGCAGCUGAUGCUGUGCCGCUGCUCAUGGUAGCUCUCAAGGAUGAAGAUGUACUGGUACGAGCCGCUGCUGCAGAGGCCCUGGGCGGAAGUGGUUUUGCAGCAGCUGACGCCCUGCAGCAACUGGUCAUAGCGCUCAAGGAUGAGGAUGCCAAAGUGCGAUCCAGUGUUCUGGCAAGCUUGGGCCGUUUCGGUCCAGCAGCGGGGGAUGCGGUGAAGCAGCCGGGCGACGCGCCGGCGAGCGCUGGCAGGGGCCCGAAUAUAAAUGGAUCUGCGCCGCCGCUCAUUACAGAGGUGUGUGACCAAGGCUAUGCUGUGAGCAACCAUGCUGCUUCUCUGCCUGGAGAGGAUGUGAUCGCUAGGCUUGCGCAGGUGGAUCCGCGUGACAAAGCCCACGGCCUCCUUCUGCAGUAUGUUUUGUCCAUGUGCUCGCAAGGUGGCGCCGUGUUCGAUCGGAUCGUAGCCAACGCAGUGGUGCACUCAAUUUGGUGCUGCCGCAGUGGGGAGUUGAUCAGGUCUGCUUUGAAGUUUCUACCGGAAGCCAUGAAGAUGUUGGAGCUCAGUACCUUCCAACAGCGCUGGCUGGUGCAACGUGCCCUGCAGAUGUGGCCGAGUGAGGCGGUGGAGCGGAAGCUGCACAAGCUACUACUGGAACCAAAGUGGGGCGACGAUUCCCUGAAGCCAGCAGAACAAGCCACUAGUGAAGCGGGCUCCAACGAGCCGCCUGGACUGGGGCCCGUCGACACCGAUGAGUCGCUGUCUUACCAGAGGGACUCAGAGCUACGCUUAGCACCUGAGGUGCCGCCGAACCACAGGUCCUAUGCACAGCUGCUACGUAAGUUCAUCCAGACCUCCGGGUAUGAUUUGGGCGGAGUUCUCUCUGGCAUUUGUUUUCAAUCUUGGAACGUGUUUGAACUCGUUGCUGUUCAUCCGGUUGGCCAUGCAGCAGCUGAUGCGGUGCUGCAGCUGAUCGGAGCGCUCAAGGCUGAAGACGAGGGAGUGCGAGUGCGAGCCGCUGCUACAGACGCCUGGCAGAAGAUUGGCCCAGCAGCAGCUGAUGCUGUGCCGCAGCUGAUCACAGCGCUCAAGGCUGAAGACGAGGGAGUGCGAGCCGCUGCUUCAGAGGCCUUGGGCAAGAUUGGCCCUGCAGCAGCAGAUGCUGUGCCGCACCUGAUCCUAGCGCUCAAGGAUGAACAUUGGCAGGUGCGAGCCGAUGCUUCCGGAGCCUUGGGCAAGAUUGGUCCAGCAGCAGCUGAUGCUGUGCCGCAGCUGAUCGUCAUAGCAUUCAAGGAUGAAGAAGCAUCAGUGCGAGUCACUGCUUCUAAAGCCGUGAUCAAUAUGGGUCCUGAUGCCUUGCAGCGGCUGGACAUAGCGCUCAAGGAUAAAGAUGCAACGGUGAGAGCUGCUGCUUCAGGGACCUUGGGAACGAUUGGUCCGGCAGCUCAUGCUGUGCCGCAGCUGAUCACAGCACUCAAGGAUGAAGAUGCAGGGGUGCGUGCAGCUGCUUCAGAGGCCUUGGGCACGAUUGGUCCAGCAGCAGCUGAUGCUGCACCGCAGCUGAUCACAGCGCUCGAGGACGAAGAUGCAGGGGUGCGAGCAGCUGCUUCAGAGGCCUUGGGCACGGUUGGUCCAGCAGCAGCUGAUGCUGUGCGGCAGCUGAUCACAGCGCUCAAGGAAGAACAUGCGCAGGUGCGAGCUGCUGCUUCAGAGGCCUUGGGCAAGAUUGGUCCAGCAGCAGCUGAUGCUGUGCCGCAGCUGAUCACAGCACUCAAGGAUGAAGAUGCAAGCGUGCGAGCUGCUGCUUCAAAGGCCUUGCGCAAGAUGGGUCCUGAUGCUGUGCCGCAGCUGAUCACAGCGCUCAAGGAUGAAGAUGCAGGGGUGCGAGCUGCUGCUUCAGGGACCUUGGGCACGAUGGGUCCAGCAGCAGCUGAUGCUGUGCCACAGCUGGUCAUGGCGCUCAAGGAUGAAGAUAUGCAGGUGCCAGCCGCGGCUUCAAAGGCCUUGAUCAAGAUUGGUCCUGCAAGAGCUGAUGCUGUGCCGCAGCUGAUCACAGCACUCAAGGAUGAAGAUGCAAGGGUGCGAGCCGCUGCUUCAGAAGCCUUGGGCAAGAUUGGCCCCGCAGCAGCUGAUGCUGUUCCGCAACUGAUCAUGGCGCUCACAGAUAAAGAUGCGCGCGUGCGAGCCGUUGCUGCAGACACUCUUGGCAGAGCAGGUUCUGCAGCCGCUGAUGUCCUGCAGCAGCUGGUCAUAGCGCUUCAGGAUGAGGAUGCUAAAGUGCGAUCCAGUGCUUUGGAAAGCUUGGGCCGAGUCGGUCCAGCAGCAAGGGAUGUGGUGAAGCAGCCGGGCAAGUCGCCCGCGAGCACUGGCGGGGGUGGCCCGUUGCUGCGUACAGAGGUGUGUGACCAAGGCUGUGCUGUGAGCAACCAUGCUGCUUCUCUGCCUGGAGAGGAUGUGAUCGCUAGGCUUGCGCAGGUGGAUCCGCGUGACAAAGCCCACGGCCUCCUUCUGCAGUAUGUUUUGUCCAUGUGCUCGCAAGGUGGCGCCGUGUUCGAUCGGAUCGUAGCCAAUGCAGUGGUUCACUCAAUUUGGUGCUGCCGGAGGGGGGAGGUGAUCAAGUCUGCAUUGAAGUUUCUACCGGAAACCAUGAAGAUGCUGGAGCUCAGUACCUUCCAACAGCGCUGGCUGGUGCAACGUGCCCUGCAGAUGUGGCCGAGUGAGGCGGUGGAGCGGAAGCUGCACGAGCUACUACUGGAACCGAAGUGGGGCGACGAUUCCCUGAAGCCAGCAGAACAAGCCACUAGUGAAGCGGGCUCCAAGGAGCCGCCUGGACUUGGGCCCGUCGACACCGAUGAGUCGCUGUCUUACCAGCCGGACGAAUCCCUUGCGCGCAGUUCUGGGGACGGGUUGCCAGCGGCAAUGUGCGCUUGUCCAUGGAGCCAAAGCAGCGUAGCAAGUGCCUAG